CAUUCAUCGCUUUUUGGCGUUUCGCUGCUGGUGAUUUUGAUAUUCUAUUCCAUUCUCAACAAAAACAGCAAUUCGUGAUAGAAAUGUGCUCAAAAAUGUUAUUAUUCGGUCAAUAUUCGUACUUUAAUUGUUAUUCCAAGUUAUGUUGAAUAGGUGAACUUGUUUACGGAUGGUCAUUAAACUCUCAUCCGAGUAAAUGACGAAAGACAAACCCAAAAGAAUCUCAAAGAUGGUGAGCAAAUCGUUUCUUUGGGGCGUAAUUGCCGCAUCGCUAACCUGGUCGGUUAGCUUGUAUCUCUACUGGAGCUUGAGUAGUGGCUCCACAUCUGUUGCUUCCAUACCCACUGGUGCUGGGCUCCGCGGCCAUGGAGAUAGUGGCAAUUCUUUGGCCGUGAUAGGCCCUGUGGAACAGACAGAGGAAGUGGAAAAGAAAAUGAUGUUCCAAAACGGUCACCAGAACAAUCUGGUGGGACUGGAUCCGUUAGAAGGAAAGACAGACACCGGGAAGAGCUUUAGCUUUUUCAAAGAUAAAUAUAACCGGUAUCGGAAGGAGCAGGAGUUUAGAAAGAUAAGCCACAAACUAAUGGAUGAGCUGCAGCCAAUAAUGCCAAAUGGAACAGACGAAUUUGGCAUGGUGCGGAAUUCCGAAGAGCAAUUCAUCAGAGAUGUUGGCUACAGGAAGCACGCGUUCAAUGUGCUGGUUAGCAAUAAGAUCGGUCCGUUUCGAGGGGUGCCCGAUACGAGACAUAAAUUGUGCCACGAGCAAAGCUACGAUAAAGUGCUUCCAUCGGCUUCCAUCAUAAUGUGCUUCUACAAUGAGCAUUUGGAGACGUUAGUCCGCUCCGUGACUUCCAUUAUUCGCCGAACGCCAUCGUAUCUGCUUCAUGAAAUCAUCCUAGUCGAUGAUUGCAGUGAUUUGGAUGAUCUCCGGGACAAUUUAGAGCAUGAGUUGAAUGCCCUCAAGAACAGUAAAGUAAGACUGAUUAGAAAUGCGGAACGAGAGGGAUUGAUGCGAUCACGUGUCUAUGGUGCUCGGAAUGCCACGGGAGACGUGCUGAUAUUCUUGGACAGCCACAUAGAAGUGAACGUAGAUUGGGUCGAACCGUUAUUGCAGCGAAUCAAGACGAACAAAACAAUUCUGGCCAUGCCAGUUAUCGAUAUCAUAAACUCCGAUACGUUUGUAUACUCGUCAAGCCCUCUUGUGCGAGGAGGCUUCAACUGGGGUCUACACUUCAAGUGGGAUAACCUGCCAAAGGGGACGUUAGCAAAAGAAAGUGACUUUGUUGGCCCAUUCCAGUCACCAACAAUGGCAGGGGGACUUUUUGCCGUAGACAGGCAAUACUUCAAGGAUCUUGGCGAAUACGAUAUGGGGAUGGAUGUAUGGGGCGGAGAAAAUCUAGAAAUAUCCUUCCGCACAUGGCAGUGCGGAGGGUCUAUCGAACUAGUUCCUUGUUCAAGGAUAGGACACGUUUUUCGAAAACGUCGGCCUUACGGAUCUCCUGAUGGCUCAGACACUAUGAUAAGGAACUCUCUUCGACUAUCUCGUGUCUGGAUGGAUGAUUACAUAAAAUAUUUCCUGGAAAAUCAACCUCAAGCAAAAAAAGUCGAUCCAGGAGACCUGACGGAUCGUCACGAUCUGAGAAAGCGACUAAACUGUAAAUCCUUCGAAUGGUAUUUGAAGAACAUCUACCCGCAGCUAAAACUUCCAGGAGAGAAAACCACAGAUAGUAAUGUGUCCCAACCCAAGUUCCAACCGUGGCACUCUCGGAAGCGCAACUAUAUCAGUAGUUUUCAGAUUCGGUUGAGCAACAGCAGUCUGUGUGUAACAACGGAGAGUGCAAAAGAGAAGAGCCUGUGGAAGAAAGGAUCCCAUUUGGUGCUGCAUCCUUGCCUGCGAGUUAAAGCACAAAUGUGGUAUGAGACGGAACGGGCGGAAUUGGUACUUGGCCAGUUGUUGUGCUUGGAAGCACCCUCCAGUGCCACCAAAGGUUCACCAAUGUUGAAUAAGUGCCACGAAAUGGGUGGCGAUCAGGCUUGGAAGCACAGGAAAACGAAAGGUACCCCCAUCUACAAUAUUGCUUCCGGCAGCUGCUUGGCAGUUAAGCAAGCUACGAAAGGUGCUCUCGUGGGGUUGGAUUUGUGCGUAAACUCACCACGCAGUACGUGGGACUUGGUGAUUUCAUAGUCGUACAAAAGUUAGAGUAAUCGACGGUUGUCUCUUACCAAACGAAAUGUAAUAUCUCGAAUAAUUCCAGAUCUUGAUAAAUAUAAGCAAUGUUUCAUUUUCUAA